AUGGAUAAACUGCAGGAUGCGGUCAUCGUAGAGGAGGACGAGUACACUCCAUAUGAGUACCAGGAGGGCCCUGACAAUAAGUCAUGGGCAGGCGCUCUUCCUAUGAAGCAGGGUCUUUACGACCCCGAAUUCGAGAAAGAUGCAUGUGGUGUUGGUUUUGCUUGUAAUAUCAAGGGCCAGGUCUCUCACAAAAUCAUUUCUGAUGCGAAGAGUUUGCUUUGUAACAUGACUCAUCGUGGAGCUGUUGGAUCCGAUGCUCGUGAUGGUGAUGGUGCUGGUGUUAUGACUUCGAUUCCUCACAAAUUCUUUGUCAAGGAGUUUGAACGUGAACACAACUUUAAACUUCCUCCUUUGGGUCAAUAUGCCGUAGGUAACCUUUUUUUCAAGAAUGAUGAGGAUAUCUUGACUGAAUCCAAGGCCAGUUUUACCAAGAUUGUUGAGAGUUUGGGACUCCGUGUUCUUGGCUGGAGAUAUGUUCCUCGUGACUCGUCUAUUUUGGGACCUGCUGCUUUGAGCAGAGAGCCUAUUAUCUUACAACCUAUUGUCGUUCUAGAAGCCGCUUAUGGUUCUGGAAAUACCCCUUUGGUUGAGAAUAUCGAUGAGCAAGUCUUUGACAAGGAGUUUGAGAAGAGAUUUGAACGUCAAUUGUACGUCUUGAGAAAGAGAGCCACUCAUACUAUUGGUUUGCACAACUGGUUCUAUAUCUGUUCCUUGUCAAACAAGAACAUUGUUUACAAGGGACAGUUGGCUCCUGUUCAAGUAUACAACUACUACCAUGAUUUGGCAAAUGUCAAUUACGAGGGUCAUUUUGCUCUUGUGCACUCGCGUUUCUCCACCAACACUUUCCCAUCUUGGGACAGAGCCCAACCAUUGAGAUGGGCCGCCCACAACGGUGAAAUCAAUACUCUGCGUGGUAACAAGAACUGGAUGAGAGCUAGAGAAGGUCUUAUGGCAUCGUCAUUGUUUGCUGAUGAAUUGGACUCGUUGUACCCUAUUAUUGAAGAGGGUGGUUCGGAUUCUGCUGCUUUCGAUAAUGUCUUAGAAUUGCUGGUAAUUAAUGGUAUCUUGUCCUUGCCAGAAGCUGUUAUGAUGAUGAUUCCUGAAGCAUGGCAAAAUAAUGAAGGUAUGGACCCUAAGAAGAGGGCCUUUUACGAAUGGGCUGCUUGUUUAAUGGAGCCUUGGGAUGGCCCUGCUUUGUUUACUUUUGCUGACGGUCGUUACUGUGGUGCCAACUUGGAUAGAAACGGAUUGCGUCCUUGUCGUUACUACAUUACCGAUGAUGACCGGAUGAUUUGUGCUUCCGAGGUCGGUGUUAUGGUUAUUGAGCCUGAGAAGGUUAUUCAAAAGGGCCGCCUUCGUCCUGGUAGAAUGCUUUUGGUUGAUACCAAGGAGGGACGUGUGGUCGAUGAUCGUGAGCUCAAGAAGAAGGUCGCUGCUAGAUUUGAUUUCAAGGCCUGGAUUCAUGGUAACCUUGUUACUAUGGAAGAAUUGAAUGAGAAGAUUACUAAAUCUGACUCCUCGGUUCCCAGUGCCAGUAGCACUUUAGAUGCUGUUACAGUGCAAUCUGAUCCUCGACUACUGGCUUUUGGCUAUACUUUUGAGCAGAUUAGUUUGUUGCUUGCCCCCAUGGCAGGUGACGGCAAGGAAGCUCUUGGUUCCAUGGGUAACGAUGCUGCUUUGGCUUGUUUGAGUACUCAGCCCAAGUUGUUGUAUGAAUACUUUAGACAGUUGUUUGCCCAAGUCACUAAUCCUCCUAUCGAUCCUAUCCGUGAAUCCAUUGUCAUGUCACUAGAAUGUUACGUUGGACCCCAAGGAAAUGUGCUUGAAAUGAAGCCUAACCAAUGUGAUCGUUUGCUACUCAAAUCCCCUGUUCUUUCUUUGGAAGACUUGAAGGCUCUUGAUCACCUCCCUAGAUUCUAUCCUUCUUGGACCAUUGCUAAAAUUGACAUCACAUUCCCUAAAUCUCAGGGAUUGGCUGGUUAUGAGAGUACUUUGGAAAGAAUCUGUGCUGAAGCUUCCGAUGCCAUUGCCGACAAGAACAAGAUUAUUAUCUUGUCUGAUAGAGCUGUUAGCGCUGACCGGGUGGCUGUGUCUGCUUUGGCCGCUACUGGUGCUGUUCACCACUACCUCGUCCGUCAAAAGCAACGUUCUCGUGUUGCUUUGAUUGUUGAAACUGCCGAGGCUAGAGAAGUUCACCAUAUUUGUGUUCUUGUCGGCUAUGGUGCCGAUGCUAUCAAUCCUUAUCUUGCCAUGGAAUGUUUGCUCAAGAUGAACAGAGAAGGUUUACUCAAGAGCAACUUGCCUGACGAAAAGGUUAUUGCCAAUUAUAAAUAUUCCAUUGAUGGAGGUAUCUUAAAGGUUAUGUCUAAGAUGGGUAUUUCUACUUUGGCAUCCUACAAGGGUGCUCAAAUCUUUGAAAUUCUUGGUAUUGACAAUUCCGUUGUAGACAGGUGUUUUGCAGGCACUGCUUCUCGUAUUAGAGGUAUUGGUUUUGAUUAUAUUGCUCAAGAUGCCUUCUCCUUGCACGAAUUGGGCUAUCCAUCUCGUGACACUGUCAAGCCUAUUGGCCUUGCCGAAUCGGGUGAAUACCACUGGCGUGAUGGUGGUGAAGCUCAUAUCAACGAACCCAGUGCUAUUGCCAAUAUCCAAGAUGCUGUUCGCAAUAAGAAUGAGAAAGCAUAUGAGGCAUACUCUAAGAAAGAGCAAGAGGCGGUGCGAAACUGUGCACUCCGUGGCCUUUUAGACUUUGAUUUUGAGUCUUCAACUGCUAUUCCCAUCGACCAAGUCGAGCCUUGGACUGAAAUUGUACGCCGUUUUGUCACUGGUGCCAUGUCAUAUGGAUCUAUUUCCAUGGAAUCUCAUUCGACUUUGGCCGUAGCCAUGAAUAGAUUGGGCGGAAAGUCCAAUACUGGUGAGGGUGGUGAGGAUGCUGAGCGUUCUGCUGUCUCUCCCGAUGGUGAUACCAUGAGAUCAGCUAUUAAGCAGAUUGCUUCUGGUCGUUUUGGUGUUACUUCUUACUAUCUUUCAGAUGCAGAUGAGCUUCAAAUUAAGAUGGCUCAAGGUGCCAAACCAGGUGAAGGUGGUGAGUUGCCUGGACACAAGGUGUCGGUUUCGAUUGCCAAGACUAGACAUUCCACCCCAGGAGUUGGUCUUAUCUCACCUCCUCCUCACCAUGAUAUCUACUCUAUUGAGGAUUUAAAGCAGUUGAUUUACGAUCUCAAGUGCUCCAAUCCCAGAUCAAGAGUGUCUGUUAAACUUGUAUCUGAAGUAGGUGUUGGUAUUGUCGCAUCUGGUGUUGCCAAGGCCAAGGCAGACCACAUUCUUAUUUCCGGUCACGAUGGUGGUACUGGUGCUUCAAGAUGGACUGGUAUCAAGUAUGCUGGUCUUCCUUGGGAGUUGGGUCUUGCUGAAACCCACCAGACUCUGGUUCUCAAUGAUUUGAGAGGACGUGUUAUUGUUCAAACUGAUGGUCAAAUCAGAACUGGUCGUGAUGUCGCUAUUGCUUGUUUGCUCGGUGCUGAGGAGUGGGGUUUCGCUACUACUCCUCUUAUCGCCAUGGGUUGCAUCAUGAUGAGAAAGUGCCACCUCAACACAUGUCCCGUUGGUAUUGCCACUCAAGAUCCUGAGCUUCGUAAGAAGUUUGAAGGUACUCCUGAGCAUGUCAUUAACUUUUUCUACUACAUUGCUAACGAGUUACGUGCCAUUAUGGCUAAACUUGGUUUCCGUAGCAUCAAUGAAAUGGUUGGCCAUGCUGAAAAGUUGAAGGUUCGUGAGGAUCUUCGCAAUGUUAAGACUGCUAACAUUGAUCUCUCGCCUAUUCUCACUCCUGCUCAUACUCUCCGUCCUGGUGUUGCUACUAGAAAUGUUCGCAAGCAAGACCACCGUCUCCAUGUUCGUCUUGAUAACAAGCUUAUUGAUGAGUCAGAGAUCACACUGGAAAAGGGUCUUCCUGCUCGCAUUAACGCUGAAAUUGUUAACACAGACCGUGCUCUUGGUUCUACUCUUUCGUACCGUAUUUCUAAGCGCUUUGGUGAAAAAGGAUUACCUGACGACACUGUCCACGUUGAUAUCACCGGUUCAGCUGGUCAAUCAUUUGGCGCGUUCUUGGCUCCUGGUAUUACCUUAGAGCUUGAGGGUGACGCUAAUGAUUAUGUUGGCAAGGGCUUGUCUGGAGGUAGAAUUGUUAUCUAUCCACCUAAGAACUCUGUCUUCAAGGCUGAGGAGAAUAUCAUCGUCGGAAACACAUGUUUGUAUGGAGCAACCUCUGGUACUUGUUUCUUCAGAGGUAUUGCUGCUGAACGUUUUGCUGUCCGUAACUCUGGAGCUACUGCUGUUGUUGAAGGAGUCGGUGAUCAUGGUUGUGAGUACAUGACUGGUGGCCGUGUCGUGGUUCUUGGUAGUACUGGUCGUAACUUUGCUGCCGGUAUGUCUGGUGGUAUUGCUUAUGUUCUUGAUAUGGCCCAGGAGUUUGUCAACUCAGUUAAUACUGAAAUGGUCGAGCUUAGCCAAGUUACCGAUCCUGCUGAAAUUGCCUUUGUUCGUGGAUUGAUUGAAGACCAUCGACACUACACUGAUUCUGAAGUUGCUGACCGAAUUUUGACUGAUUUCAACCGUAUAUUACCAAGAUUUGUUAAAGUCUUGCCUCUCGAUUAUAAGAGAGUUCUGGAAGCUGAGGCCCGCAAACUUGAACAAGCUAAGCAAUCUGAACUUAAUGGAUUUUUGCACCAAGUUAAGGAGGAUCCUGAGGCUGAUGCCACUAAUGGUGAAAUCAAGAAGAUCAAGGCCCUUUCUAGAAGCGCUACUCCUUCCCCUGCUCCUCAUGUACACAAGCCUGCCGAGCCUAAGGUUGUCGACCUUGAAGACACCAUUUUGGAUCAUAAGGCUGAGGAACACAAAAACAAGGCCAUCGCACCACUUGAUAAGCUACAUGGAUUCAAGAAGUACAAGCGAAGAAACGAGAAAUACAGAAAUCCUCACGAUCGUACUAAGGACUGGGCUGAGUUGUCGAAUCGUCUUACAAAAGAAGAACUCAAGUUCCAAACUGCCAGAUGUAUGGACUGUGGUGUCCCCUUCUGUCAGUCUGACACUGGAUGUCCUAUCUCCAACGUCAUUCCUAAGUGGAAUGAGCUUGUUUUUAAGGACAGAUGGUUUGAGGCUUUCCAAAGAUUGAUGAUGACCAAUAACUUCCCUGAAUUCACUGGCCGUGUUUGCCCCGCUCCUUGUGAAGGUGCGUGCGUUUUAGGUAUUAAUGAAGAUCCUGUUGGUAUUAAGAGUGUUGAAGCUGCUAUUAUUGAUCACGCUUGGGAGAUGGGUUGGAUGAGUCCUCAACCUCCUUCUGCUCGUACUGGUAAGAAGGUUGCUAUUAUUGGAUCAGGCCCUGCUGGUUUGUCUGCUGCUGAUCAACUCAACAGAGCUGGUCAUUCUGUCACUGUUUAUGAAAGAGCCGAUCGUGCUGGUGGUCUGCUGAUGUAUGGUAUUCCUAAUAUGAAACUUGACAAACGUAUUGUUAAGAGACGUAUUGACAAGAUGAUCGCUGAAGGUGUAACUGUUGUCACCAACACCACUGUUGGUGAGGAUAUUACCAUGGACGAACUCAAACGUAACAACGAUGCUGUAAUCCUGGCAGUUGGUUCUACAAUUGCUCGUGACCUGAAGAUUCCAGGUCGUGAGCUCAAUAACAUCAAGUUCGCUAUGGAACUUCUCAAAUGGAACACAAAGUCUUUACUUGAUGAUACUUUGGACGAAGUUCGUCCUCUUAUUGAAGGCAAGAAUGUUAUUGUUAUUGGUGGUGGUGAUACUGGUAACGAUUGUAUUGGUACUUCGGUUCGUCAUGGCGCCAAAUCGGUUGUCAAUUUUGAAUUGUUGCCCAAUCCUCCUGCUGGUCGUGGUAAAGAUAACCCAUGGCCACAAUGGCCCAGAAUCUUCAGAGUUGAUUAUGGUCACUCUGAAGUUCGAGCUCAUUAUGGUAAAGAUCCAAGAGAGUACUGCAUUUUGUCCAAAGAGUUUGUUGGUGAUGAUGAGGGAAAUGUCAAGGGUGUCAAGACUGUGCGUGUUGAAUGGAAGCAAUCCGACAGUGGGGCCUGGCAAAUGGCUGAGAUCCCUAACUCCGAGGAGUUCUUCCCUGCUGACCUUGUUCUUUUGUCGAUGGGCUUUGUUGGUCCUGAGGCUCAAAAGCUUGACGUUGCUCGUGAUCCUAGAGGCAACGUUGCCACUACCCCUUCAGGAGGUACUUACUAUGUUGGAGAAAAUGUUUUCGCUGCUGGUGACUGUCGUCGUGGUCAAUCUUUGAUUGUCUGGGGUAUCCAAGAAGGCAGACAGACUGCUCGUGAUGUCGAUCAGUUCCUAAUGAACAACACUCGCUUACCUGGUAACGGCUCUAUUGAAAAGAGAUCGUAUAGUCUAUUGGAGUCUCAACAGACACCUAUUGCUGUUAAAUCCUAA